GCUCUUAAGGCGGGUCUGGAGGUGAGCUGGCACCUCUCUGCUGUACUCCUCACCUAGGCUCCAGCCGACCAGUUGGUAGUGAACGCAGCAGCCUGCCCACGUGUGGACACCAGGUCCUGGAGCUCCUGGUUGGCAAGUGCCAUCUGUGGGAUGUCAGCGGGGCUAGCUGGAAGCCAGAGGUAAACUGCUGGGUCACCAACCCUACCAUGUCCCAGGUGAUGUCCAGCCCCCUGCUGGCAGGAGGCCACUCAGUCAGCUUGGCUCCCUGUGAAGAACCCAGAAGGAUUCUGCACCCAGCACCCAGCCCCAGCCUGCUGCCCCAGUGUUCUUACUACACCAUGGAAGGCUGGGGAGCGCAGGCCCUGGGGGCCCCCACACCCUGCAAGGGGCCCCCCAACAGGCUCCAGCAGGCCACACAGGCUGAGGCCAACGCCAACUGCCUCCUGCAGUCCCCUGGGGAGCAGGCCUCUGGGACCCUGGAGGACCUUGACUCCUACAUUGACUUCUCGCUGGAGACUCUCAACCAGAUGAUCCUGGAACUGGACCCUACCUUCCAGCUGCUUCCUGCAGGGGCUGGUAGCCCCCAGGCCAAAUCUUCCCAGAGCACCACCUCAAGGAGAAAGAAGGAGGAACCUGAAGCCUUAGAUAUAAAGUACAUCGAGGUGACCUCCACCAGAUCACGGUGCUACGAUGGCCCCCAGCGCUGCUGCAGCCCAUCUGCCACCCCACCCUUUGGCUCUCCACGCAGUGAUGGCCUCCUUUCUUCCAGAGAUGUCCCCCGAGAGACCCGAAGCAGCAGUGAGAGCCUCAUCUUCUCUGGGAGCCAGGGCAGGGGGCACCAGCGCCCCCUUCCUCCUUCCAGGGACUCCUCCCCCCACUCUCCACACUCCCACAGCAUCUCCAUCCCUUGCAUGGGGAGCAAGGCCUCAGGCCCCCAUGGCCUGAGCUCUCUGUUAGUGUCUCCUUCAGGCCUAGAGAAGGGGCUAGGGGACCAGGCCCCACAGCGGGGCAGCCAGGUCUCUGUGCUGUCAGCUAGCCCAGCAUCUGACAUCAGCUACAUGUUUGGAAGCAACCAGUCUCUCCUCCACUCCAGCAUCUCCAGCCAUCAGUCAUCUUCUAGAUCCUUGGAAAGUCCGGCCAGCUCUUCCUCCAGCCUCCACAGCCUUGGCUCAGCGUCCCUGUGUACAAGACCCAGUGACUUCCAGGCUCCCAGCAACCUCAACCAGAACAUGGGCCAGCCCAGAGCACCCCACUCUUCACCACUGGCCAAAGAGCAUGCCAGCAGCUGUCCCCCAUCGAUCAACAACUCCAUGGUGGACAUACCUAUUGUGCUGAUCAAUGGCUGCCCAGAUCCAGGGUCUUCCCCACCCCAGCGGACCCCAAGACACCAGGGCUCCAACCUACCUGGAGCUGCUUCUCCCAGCAACCCCUGUCCAGCCACCAGACGCCACAACCAGACCCCGCCAGAUGCCCCCUUCACUGUGUGCCCAGAGGUGGCCAACUCUCAGCCCUCACUCAGGCACCAAGGCGACGCUGGGGGUGUGAAAAGCUCACUCCCACUCACAGAGCCAUGCCAAUUGCAAGCAGGAGAAAAUGGCAUGUCAGGUCCCACCAGGGACAUGCAGCCCACUAUGAAGUUCGUGAUGGACACAUCUAAAUACUGGUUUAAGCCAAGCAUCACCCGAGAGCAAGCAAUUGAGCUGCUGAGGAAGGAAGAGCCAGGGGCUUUUGUCAUAAGGGACAGUUCUUCAUACCGAGGCUCCUUUGGCCUAGCCUUGAAGGUGCAGGAGGCCCCCGCAUCUGCUCAGAACCAAUCAGGUGAGGACAGCAGUGACCUUAUCCGGCACUUCCUCAUCGAGUCUUCCGCCAAAGGAGUGCACCUCAAAGGAGCAGAUGAAGAGCCCUACUUUGGGAGCCUCUCUGCCUUUGUGUGCCAGCAUUCCAUCAUGGCCCUGGCCCUGCCCUGCAAACUCACCAUCCCUCAGAAAGAACUGGGAGGUGCAGCCGGGGCCUCUGCCCCCUCCACAGACAGCCCGGCCUCCUGCCUGAAGAAAUCUGCUGGCUGCCACGCCCUAUACCUGAGCUCUGUGAGUAUAGAGACCCUGACCGGCGCCCUAGCCGUGCAGAAGGCCAUCUCCACCACUUUCGAGAGGGAUGUCCUGCCCACACCCACCGUGGUCCACUUCAAAGUCACCGAGCAGGGCAUCACCCUGACCGAUGUCCAGAGGAAGGUGUUUUUCCGGCGCCACUACCCCCUCACCACCCUCCGCUUCUGUGGCAUGGACCCUGAGCAACGGAAGUGGCAGAAGUACUGCAAGCCUUCCUGGAUCUUUGGGUUUGUGGCCAAGAGCCAGAUGGAGCCCCAGGAGAAUGUGUGCCACCUCUUCGCAGAGUAUGACACAGUCCAGCCAGCCUCACAGGUCAUCAGCCUGGUGGCUGCCCUGCUGCAGGACACAGAAAGGAUGUAGGGGAGGGAGCUGCUUGUGCACCUUUCCCGACAUCUCCAAGGCUUGCCCGAGAGCCCACCUCGGCUCCCCAAACACGUGUGGCUUGUGGCAGACCGCAGAUCAGUCUGUUGGUCUAUCAGUAUCAAUUUGAUACUGAACAGUAUCAAUUUGAAACCCUUGAACCCACUGUGACCUUCAGCAGUAACCUUCAUCCAGAUCCCUGGACCUCAGUUUCCCCAACUAUAAACGGAACCCAAAGGACAAGAUCACCUGUUCUUCUCAGACUUUGGUGGGCACUUGAACAUGCCCCUCCAUGAUUCUGAAGGAUGCCCACAUUCAACGUUCAAGGAUCCCUGCCUCAAAAUAAUGUCUGAAAACCCUCUGACCCCAUCAACCUGGACUCUAUGGACACUACCAACAUAACAGUCUGACAGAGACACCUGUCAUUUUGUGGCAGAUAGCAGGUGCUAUGUCAAGAUCCACAGGGUUCCUGGCCCGAGGCUGGUGAUAGUUAAGGACUGAGGACAGAACAAGGGAUGGACAUAUUCUAUUUCCCUCUAUAUCUCCCUCUAUAUCUGUUCUUUAAUUUAUUUUUUUUUUUUUUGAGACAGAGUCUCACCCAGUUGCCCAAAGGUUGAGUAUCAUGGCGUCAUAGCUCACAGCAACCUUAAACUCUUGGGCUCAAUCAAUCCUCUUGCCUCAGCCUCCCAAGAAGCUGGGACUACAGGCGCCCGCCACAAUGCCCGGCUAUUUUUAGAGAUGGUUCUCAAACUUGUUCAGGCUGUUCUUGAACUCCUGAGCUCAAGCAAUCCACCUGCCUCAGCCUCCCAGAGUGCUGGGAUUACAAGCAUGAGCCACAUCACCCAGCCCAUUUCCCAAAUUCCUGAUGACUUUUGGGCCCACUUGCCCAGGAUUCUGCAGGCCAAUGUGGCUGUGGUUGCUGGGACAGCUCAGAGAGGGGUACCUAGCACCCAUGGUCAGAGAAGACCCAGCUGUCCUCCAAUUUUUGAUGGCUAGUCCCCUCCCCCACUUGCAAGUGAGUAUCAUCCUGUUCAAUUUCUUGGUAAGUUCCUGUCCCAUAGCUGGUGUUACAGUUGCCCUAGUGUUGCACAUCUGGGACUUGGGGGCAGAGAGAACCCAGUUCUCCAGAGCAGACAUAAGGGUCAUCUCUCUGUGGUUCUGCCUCAGCUCCAAUCUUGCUGAGUCCCCGCCACCCCAACACACACACACACACACACACACACACACACACACACACACGGAGGCCCCUCCACCACUGUGUGGUGUCAACUGUCCUCAUAGCCACACAGGGGCAGCAGAGAGUCAAGAAUGCGAAGAGGUGGCCUCCUCCAAGAAACUGGGGAAUCUCAACCCCUGCCCAGCCCCCAGAAGCUGUAACCCAGUGUCUAGCAAGUCUGUGUACCUAAGGAAACCACCCGCUGAAGGUGGAAAGGGAGGCUCAGAAAAAAAGCCCACUCCUGCUCUCUGAGGAGCAAGUGUUUGCCCUCUCCCAGAGGCUAGCCCUGCCAAAGCAGCAUUGUCAAGGUUGGGCCUGACAGGUUACCAUUUCAACCCAGGAAACCAAACUGGACUGGAGUGUCCCCCAACUGGUGGGAGAGGCUGAGAUCAGUCUGCUCAGCCUGUAGUCAGGCACUGCCCCACCCCCGAAGUCUGCAGAACCUUAGAUUGGGUCCCCAAGGUCACAGUGCCCAGGCAGUUCCCAUCACAAAAAAUAAAGUGUCUGUCUUUGCAUAGCAAUUGGUUCUGAGGCCUUCUGGGCUGUCACCUCAGAGACAGAGACCUGACGGCGGGGAGAGGGGUGUCUCUUAGAGAAGACAGCAGAACUCUACUGUCCUCAGCGGCUUCCACUUCACAACCUCCAGGGCAUAACCUGCUGUGUCCCCAUGUACUUAACACACCCAUUUUUCUUUCUUCAGGACCACUUUCCUGCCACUUUGCCAGGAAAACAGAAGGGUAGGGUUUCCCUGUGUCCUGAGGCCUAAGGAGAAGGUGUGUAGUCUCCAUGUACCCCUGCUGGGUUCCAAGGUCUAGCUCAGCCUCCCUGAGCAGUGAAAUCCUUGUACCCCUGCUGGGUUCCAAGGGUCUAAUUCAGCCUCCCUGAGCAGCUCCAGAGGAGUCCACAGGAGUCCCUGCACCAAAAUAACUCCCAAGAUGCCAGCUCAGCCCUGAACAAUUGGACAAUGUCCUCUUCAUCCCACCCUGGGCCUGGGGAGUUCUAGCCCUGGCUACUCCUCACUCCCUCCAGUCUCAGGGUAAUGCCCCUCCAGACCUGCCCCAAGCAAGACAGUCUCACCAAGUGCUGCAGGAGGGGCUGCAGGGCUCUCCGUCAUCCUUCUAUUUUUUUUUCUUUUGUAGAGACAGAGUCUCACUGUACCGCCCUUGGGUAGAGUGCCAUGACGUCACACAGCUCACAGCAACCUCUAACUCUUGGGCUUACGCAAUUCUCUUGCCUCAGCCUCCCAAGUAGCUGGGACUACAGGCGCCC